AUGACGAAAAAUCAAAGGCCAAGUAUAAGAAGUCGAAGAUCUUCUUCGUUUGAUCGAAGGGGCUUCAGGUCACGUACCAAUUCAAUUACGUCAGUGGACUCCUCCGCUAGUCACAUCUUGGAGGAUAACAACAACGAAAUGUUCUCUGGUGCAGCUUCAGAAGUCAUUCCUUCGUCCAUUACUUCAUUGCAUUAUCCUCAUAGCUUCGGUAACAGAAGAGUAUCGGUGGUAUCACGAGAAACAUCACCACUACUCAGUGGAGAUGAAAACAAUAUCGACUUGAGGUCGGUAAGCUCAUCUGCGUCGAGACGAUCUGAUGAGACCCAGCUGCAAUUCCGGUUCUUUUCUUCCGAUGAAAUCGAGAUGGCACAGGGUGGGUCCACGAUUGAGAAUCCUGAAGAUCCUGUUGAUUACAAUACAGACUGGGAUUACUCCAUUGAUAAGUAUGCAGGAGAUGAGGAGGCGGCACAGGCAGAUGUGGUUUUUGAUGAGGACUAUUCCGGCAGGAUGCAAAGUCCCGAAGCACCGGAUUACGGUUCUGUGGAUUUUGAACGGCGGAACCGACGUCAUUCGGAUGCAAGCAGUAGCGAUAAAUCAGACUUACUCAAUGACGGUGACGAGGAAACAAACCACAUUGAUCAAGACUUUUACCUGCGAUUCCCCGCCAAGCUUUAUUCGCAGAGAUAUUAUCUAGCGGAAGAGGAUAUAGUUGUUGGAAUUGCCGGCUAUCAAAACUGUUGGUGGAAGAAAUGUUUGUAUUACGUCUUAUGUAUCACCACCUUAGGAGUGGCUUUUUUGAUUUUGAGGUGGUUCCCCAGGUACAGAGUCAAUUUAAUGGGAUCCAAAUGUCCGCUAGGUUUGGCUGAUUGGUGUGUUAUUGAAAACGAAUUUGGGGAGCUUCAAAUUAUUGACAUUGAAAAGCACCGAUUUGAUGAAAGACUUUCAAACUUUUUAACUAUCCAUGAUGAAAAAGGAUCGAAUGAUCCAGUUAUACCUUAUGUGCACUCAUUCAUUUACAGGUACAUCAAGUUUUUUUAUGACCCUAUGGAGGACAUUUUCCGGACCAAUUCAAAUUGGUAUGACACGCGUUGGUUGAAUAUCAAAACCAUCAAGGAGGGUAUUUCCCAAUCACUUCAGGAACAAAGACUUGAGAUCUUUAAUUCCAAUAAAAUUGAGAUUGAUGAAAAAUCGACAGUUCAAUUGCUUGCUGACGAAGUUUUGCAUCCCUUCUACGUGUUUCAGAUCUUUUCAAUCUUCUUGUGGCUCGCAGAUGACUACUAUUACUAUGCAUCAUGCAUUUUCGUCAUUUCCAUGGUAUCGAUAGUCAACUCAUUGAUGGAAACCAAGUCUACUAUGAAGAGAUUGCAGCAAAUUUCAAAAUUUGAGUGCGAGGUUAGAGUGUGGAGAAAUGGAUUUUGGAAGCAAAUUGACUCGACAGAUUUGGUACCUGGGGACAUUUUUGAAAUAGAUCCUUCCUUAAGUGUUAUUCCCUGUGAUUCGUUGCUUGUUAAUGGGGAGUGUGUCUUGAAUGAAUCUAUGUUGACUGGUGAAAGUGUGCCAGUCACCAAAGUCCAAGCAACAAAGGAUAUUGUCAAGCUUUUGCCACAGAAUUUCAUUGACCCUAAUUUGUCGAGAUCUUACUUGUUCAACGGAACCAAAUUACUAAAAAUGAAGUCAGCAAAUGAUGAGCCAGUCAUUGCUAUGGCAUUGAAAACCGGGUUCAAUACGACCAAGGGAUCUUUAGUUCGGUCCAUGAUGUUCCCCAAACCUACAGGAUUCAAGUUUUACAGAGACUCUUUCAAGUAUAUUGGAUUCAUGACACUCAUUGCCGCUUUGGGAUUCACGUACUCGACAUAUAACUUUAUACAGCUUGGUCUUAGCAAAAGGUUGAUGAUUUUAAGGGCAUUGGACAUCAUAACCAUUGUGGUUCCCCCCGCGCUUCCAGCGACAUUGACUAUUGGUACUACGUUUGCCAUUUCAAGACUCAAGAAGUUGGAUAUAUACUGCAUAGCGCCCACUCGUGUCAAUAUUGGUGGGAAGCUUGAUGUCAUUUGUUUUGAUAAAACAGGAACAUUGACGGAGGAAGGAUUGGACGUUUUGGGGGUUCACUUGGCAAAUAAUGCAAAAGGAAGAAAAGAAAUCAUUUUUGAAGACUUGGUCACCGAUUCGCUGUUGAUAAAGCUGGAACGGAGUGGCCAUCAUGAGACAAAUAACGGUAGCUUCUUGGUGCAGUGUAUGGCUUCUUGCCAUUCAUUGCGACACAUUGAUGAUGAACUCAUGGGAGAUCCGUUGGAUGUAAAGAUGUUUGGGUUUACAAAAUGGGAUUACAAGGAGGACUUGAAUUCGGCAACACCGGUCGUGUCCAAAGGAACACAAUCUCUCAAAAUUGAAAAAGAGUUUGAGUUUUUGGCUUCAUUGAGACGUAUGUCUGUGGUUUGCAAAUCGAACAAGGGGAAAUUUGUGUUUACGAAAGGUGCGCCGGAAGUAAUGAUGGAUGUAUGCAUACCGGAGUCCAUACCAACCAACUAUGAAGAGUUGCUCCAUCAUUAUACACAUUUGGGAUUCAGAGUCAUAGGGUGUGGGUACAAGCAACUUGACAACUCUAUCCCUGACAGAUCUGAUGCAGAAUCCAACUUGGUCUUUGCGGGAUUCAUUGUUUUCGAAAACAAGCUUAAGCCCUCCACUGCACCCACCUUGGAAAAGUUGAAUGAAGCGAAAGUCCGUACGAUAAUGUGCACCGGGGACAACAUCUUGACCGCCAUCAGUGUUGCCAAGGAGUCGAAACUCGUUCAUGAUAGCAAAUGUGUUAUAUUUGUGCCAUAUGUCGAAACAAAAGACGAUCAGCAAUACAUUGCCUGGCAGGAUGUUAACGACCCAGAGAAUAGAUUAGACCCUGACACACUAAAACCAGCUAAUAUUAGACAGGAUUCCAACUACAAAUUAGCCAUUACUGGUGAUAUUUUUAGAAUACUAUUGACAGAGAUAAAAGACACCAACUUGACUCAAAAUCUUUUGAUGAAAUGUGAUAUAUUCGCGAGAAUGUCCCCGGACGAAAAACACGAAUUAGUUGAACAACUUCAAAAAAUUGAUUAUACUGUCGGAUUUUGUGGUGAUGGCGCGAAUGAUUGUGGUGCUUUAAAGGCUGCAGAUGUGGGUAUUUCUCUUUCUGAGGCUGAAGCAUCUGUUGCAGCCCCCUUCACGUCCAGAGUAUUUGAAAUUUCUUGUGUUCUUGAUGUUAUCAAAGAAGGAAGGUCGAGUUUGGUUACAAGUUUCUCGUGCUUUGAAUAUAUGUCACUAUAUUCUGCUAUACAAUUCAUCACAGUCACAAUUCUUUACAAGACAGGGACGAACUUGGGUGAUUUCCAAUUCUUGUAUAUUGAUUUGUUCUUGAUAUUGCCCUUGGCAAUAUUCAUGUCUUGGUCGAAGCCGUAUCCUAAAUUGGCAAUCAAGAGGCCCACAGCAAAUUUGGUGUCUCCGAAAAUACUCAUACCCUUGAUUUGCAACAUUUUGCUUCUUUUGAUAUUUCAAGUACUCAUUUGGAUGUGGGUGAAGAACGAACCAUGGUAUAUCAAACCCGUACCUGGCAGUGACGAUGAAGUUGCGUCUUCGGACAACACAGUUCUUUUCUUGUUUUCAAACUUUCAGUAUAUCUUAAUUGCGGUUGUCUUGAAUCAGGGUCCCCCAUACAGAGAACCAAUUCUGAAAAAUGGUCCCUUUUUGUUGAACUUGGUUGUUGCAAUAGCAUUGUCCACUGCGUUAUUUAUCGUAAACGAAGGGUCGAGCUUUGGUAAGUUGAUGCAGUUGACCAACCUUGGUGGCUACUUUUACUAUUAUAUCCUAUCACUUGCAGUUUUGAAUUUUGCUUUAAUGGUGAUUGGUGAGCGGGUUUGGUUUCCUCGACUCGUCAAAGUGUACAAGAGGUUGCUCCAGAGUCACAAGAUUGGCAAGAGUAAAAAACUAUUCAAGAAUUUGCGUAAAGAAUUCGAACAAAUACAAAGUGUUUAG